ACGAGCAACCCCGUGCGUCUUUCUUUUCGGACAUCAUGGCGGACCGGUUCCAUAGGGUUCUGCUGUUAGAUGGCAGAAGCCAUCUACUGGGCCGACUGGCUGCCAUUGUGGCCAAACAGCUCCUCCUAGGACAAAAAGUGGUCGUGGUGAGAUGRGAAGGCAUCAACAUAUCCGGUAACUUCUAUCGUAACAAACUGAAGUACCUGGCUUUCUUGCGUAAGCGGAUGAACACAAAUCCCUCUCGUGGACCUUACCACUUCAGAGCUCCCAGCAGGAUCUUCUGGAGGACUGUCAGAGGUAUGUUGCCCCACAAAACCAAGAGGGGCCAGGCUGCUCUCGACAGGCUGAAGGUGUUUGAUGGAAUCCCUCCACCCUAUGACAAGAGAAAGCGCAUGGUUGUCCCAGCUGCUUUAAAAAUUGUGCGCCUGAAGCCCUCUCGUAAGUUUGCCCUGCUUGGGCGUCUGGCACAUGAGGUUGGCUGGAAGUACCAGGCAAUCACAGCCACUCUGGAGGAGAAGAGAAAGGAGAAGUCKAAGCUCCGCUAUGCCACGAAGAAGACGCAGAUGAAGUUGACCAAGCUGGCAGAGAAAAAUGUUGAAAACAAGAUUGCUCCAUACACAGCAGUUCUGAAACAAUAUGGUGUACUUGUCUAACCUGGUUAUCUGUGGCCAAUAAAGACAYUUAAAUGUUUAUAAUAA